CGAGGCAAGAAGAAGCACACGGCGAAGCCCUAGCUAGAUUCCGCCGCCGCCGCCGCCGCCGCCGCCGGCUCUAAUAAACCUGUCGAACCUGAUGGCGCUGCGCUCUCUUGUUAGAAAGAUGCCGGCCCUGGGUCUCAGGCCGCCGCCGACGGCCAACCUUAUGGGUCCCGUCCGGGCGCUGUCGCCGGCGGCGGGUUCUCGGCUCAUGUCCCAUGGGGCUCCGGCAAUCGAUCGCUUGUGCGCGGAGAUCUAUUCUGAAGACGAGAUGGCUAGGGUUCGGGAGGAAAUAAAUCGCCUGCGCGCGGAGACUGACCAGAACCGCAUAGAGUUAAAAAAGCAGGACGCUGAGGGGUUGAAGAUGAUUGAGAUGACCCAACAAGUCAUGGACGCAGCUGAAGCUUCUUAUAAUGAAGCCGCCAGGCAUAAUACUGAAGCCAUUAAAAGCAUAAUGGAAGAUUUUCGGAAAAUAGACAAGGCAUGUGACGUUGUUCUCAUUAGCUGUCCGCUGCUGAUUAUCCUUAUGGCCAUGGCUAUGUAGUAACUUCAGCAUGCGAUGUGCCGCUGGAUUUUAUUUAUGGUCUGUGCAUGUUUGGCUGUUGGCAAUUGGAAGAGACCUGUUUGUUAAGCACCUGUCUGUAUAUAGUUCAUAUGUGUGUCUAUAUAUAUUGAUUUGCUCU